CCAGACUCAGAGCUGAGCUUGAACAGCUGGCGCGGACCUUUUCCAAUGUUUCCCUUUCUCAACCGAUGUAUUUCAGCAUCAUGCACAACUUCUAUGUUGUGUCAUUCAUUGAUGUGAAAUAACAGAAUCAUGUGUUUUGGGAGUCUCCGGCCCGUUUAGUGUUUUUUUUUUUUUUUUUUUUAAACGCUGUUUACAUUACAGCAGGAGCACGAGCUCCGUUUGCGGUGCUGAACGCUCCAGAAACCGCGAAGAGACAGGACGAGUCCGCCCGAACGUCCGUGAGAGAUGAGGAGGAAGAACUACUCUCUUGGAGUCUUCUUACUCGUCUGGAGACUAUCGAUGCUUCUCAGUGUCGGCCAGUGUAAGGAGGUUGACCACGCUCCGAAAACACGGCAGGUCCCAAUGUCUCCUUCUGACUUUCUGGAUAAACUAAUGGGGAGGACAUCAGGAUACGAUGCCAGAAUAAGACCAAACUUUAAAGGUCCACCAGUCAAUGUCUCCUGUAACAUUUUCAUCAACAGCUUUGGAUCCAUUGCUGAAACUACAAUGGACUAUCGUGUGAACAUCUUUCUUCGUCAGCAGUGGAAUGAUCCUAGGCUUGCCUAUGCAGAAUAUCCAGACGACUCUUUGGACUUGGACCCAUCUAUGUUAGAUUCCAUUUGGAAGCCAGAUCUGUUUUUUGCCAAUGAGAAGGGCGCACACUUCCAUGAAGUUACAACAGACAAUAAAUUGCUACGGAUUUUUAAGAAUGGAAAUGUUUUAUAUUCUAUACGACUAACGUUAACACUCUCAUGUCCCAUGGAUCUAAAAAACUUCCCCAUGGAUGUUCAGACGUGCAUUAUGCAGUUAGAAAGCUUUGGUUACACCAUGAAUGAUCUGAUCUUUGAGUGGCAAGAAAAUGGACCAGUCCAAGUGGCUGAAGGACUGACACUCCCGCAGUUCAUCCUUAAAGAUGAAUCAGACCUCAGAUAUUGUACCAAGCACUACAACACAGGUAAAUUUACUUGUAUUGAAGUGCGGUUCCAUUUGGAGCGUCAGAUGGGCUACUACCUGAUCCAAAUGUACAUCCCGUCUCUGCUGAUUGUUAUCCUAUCCUGGGUUUCCUUUUGGAUUAACAUGGAUGCAGCCCCGGCUAGAGUGGCGCUUGGCAUCACUACAGUCCUCACAAUGACAACACAGAGCUCAGGGUCCAGGACUUCAUUGCCAAAGGUGUCCUAUGUCAAGGCCAUAGACAUCUGGAUGGCAGUGUGUCUUCUCUUUGUCUUCUCUGCACUGUUGGAGUAUGCUGCAGUUAAUUUCGUUUCCAGGCAGCAUAAAGAGCUGCUACGAUUCAGGCGACAUCCCAAGAAGAGCAAGAACAAUGGAGGUGCAGUUGAUGCCGAUGAGCUAGCUGAAUCCCUCCAUCGUGUUAACAUUGACAACUGCCUGAAGGCAUCAGACCGUCUCUAUGGAUCUAUGACCAACAUCUACAGCACCAACUACAGGCAGGAAGGGGAAGUACACGAGACCAGAGUGACCGCUACAUCAGCAGUAACCUCCACUCCCAGCAACAGCAAGGACUCCAAGGCCAGCACUAACAAUACUGUCACUGCAUCGAACACGCAAGGAGCCACAGCUAACACUGCCUCCAAUCCCCCAGGGGCCGCUUCAGGAGGAGGGAAAAGCACUGAGGAAAUGAGAAAGUUAUUUAUCGACCGAGCCAAAAAGAUUGACACUGUGUCCAGGGCCGGUUUCCCUCUGGCCUUCCUGUUUUUCAAUAUAUUCUACUGGGUUCUUUAUAAAAUACUUCGACAUGAAGAUUUCCAUUAGCGAUUAAGAAAGAAAGAGUGUGCAUAUCCAGUCUGCACACGUACUGUACAGAAAAUGCGAACACACUUGUAUUGUAGCUUACGUGAGGACAACCUUCUUUACCUCCUGGUCACAUUACCUUGACUCCACCUGUGAGCAUGCCCCGAGGUUUCAAUAUACAAAACCCCAAGCAUUUGCUGCAAACAUACAAUAUAAAAACACCCUUUGAUAUUACAAGUUCUCCCACUUAGGAAUUCUGAAUUGUUCAUCACAAAUACAUUUCCAAUAUAAGAGAGAGAGCCUAAGGAAAAUAUUUGGAAAUCACAUUGAAUUAUUAUUAUUACAGUUGUCCCAAUCACAUAUUUUUGCACCCAAGUUUGAGUCCGACACACCUUAAACAAUAUUUAACAUACCAUAUGUAUAUCAAGUUUUUGCACGAAAUAGCAACUUAGUUUUUUUGUAUAGUGCAAUUUUGACGUAAGUUUUUAACAGCUAAUAAAUCACUCGAUUUUCACAGAAGAAACUUCAUACUUCAGGAAAGCAUGCAGAAUCAUCUUAAUUUUAUUCAACACAAGCAAAAUUUUCAUUGUUCUAUAUACAAUGACAACUUAUUGAACUUACUGAAUUCCAAUGUCACAAUUGGCUCAGCACAUUUUGUCGGCUAUCUGCCUCAUCGUUCAACAAUCACUUAGCCUCUUUGCCUAUGACUUGUGCUGGGCCAGUCUGCUGACCUUGAAGUUCUUUAUGCUAGUCCAGUAGCUCCAAGUCUCUCCAAUCCUUUGUUGGCCAUGGCGGGCAGCACUCCCAGCACGGGCUCAUACGAGAAGAGGGUGAGGAAGGUGAACUUGUCGCUGUCAAUGAACUUGUGCUCCAUCCUCGCCGCUUUCGCAACCUGUAUCAACCUCCUGGCCGUCGAUUGUUGUCCAGGUAGUCCAUCUCGCAGCCAGAGGCGUAGCAAGGGUCUCCAGGGAACAAGCAACAUGGGGCCCUUCGAGCGUGUGCAAGUUGGACUUGGAGCAAUAGCAUAUUUAAUAAAAGUAUAAUAAGUUAAUAACGACUCAAUCUCAUAGAGCGCUUUUUAGGACACUCAAAGUGCCCGGCUUCUACUACAUUAGAACAUAAAACUACAGUAACAUAGUACACUCACCGCUGUCUUGCUUCUGUUUCUCCUCUUCUGCUUUUUUUUCUUUCUUUUGUUGCUUCCAGAAGGAUAACUUCUCAUCAUUUUGGAUAUACGCCAAAUUAAAAAAAGCCAAAUCGCCGCUCACUCUUAC